AUGUGUAAUCGAUUGCCAGAUAAUUUACAAAUAAUUGAAAAAAUUAAAUACUUAUCUCCAGCUGAAUGUUUCAAUCAAUUUUCUAGACCAAAAUUUUCUGAGCUUCCUAUUGAGCUGGCUGGGCACAUAAAUAUAGAUGCUAUAGAAAGUCAAUGGAGACAACUUGGUUCGUUUAAAUACAAUGAAUUGAUUACUGAUACACCUAUCAAUAAUAUAUCUAUGGUUAAGUUUUGGAUACAUCUAAGCCAAAUUACAACAGCAUCUGGAGAUCAUAAAUUUGAUGAAUUGUGUCAAUUUGCAUUAAAAAUAAUUUCGUUGCCAAUAUCAAAUGCUGUAGUUGAACGGAUGUUUAGUAUUAUGAAUGUUACUAAAACUAAAAUUAGGAACAGGAUGGGACAGCAAAUGUUAGUUGCUUUGAUACGUAUAAAAAUACACAAUCAAGUAAAAAAAAAUUGUUGUAACACAUUUACUCCAACAGCUAACAUGUUAAAAGAAUUCAAUACAAAAAUGUACAAUAGUGAUGAUAACCCUAAAAUUGCCAACCUGCAUAAUGAAGAAAAUGAAAUGUUUUAUUCGAUUGAAUUAUUAGGCGAAUGUAUUGAAAACCCUUUAAAUUGUUACUAUUGA